AAAGAAUCAUUUAUUAACUUCAGACUUCAGACUAUUUGACAUUUCAUUUCGGGAUAUUGGAUUUUACUUCGAGGAUAUCGAAGAAAAAUACAAAAAUGUCCCUGUUUUCAACGCUGAAUCGCUAUGUUUUCAAAAGAACAUCUACAUUUGCUUUGGCUGUAGCGGGAGGCGCUUUCUUCUUUGAGAGAGCUUUCGACCUCGCCUCUGUUACGAUUUUUGAAAGCAUCAACAAGGGAAAAUUAUGGAAAGACAUCAAGCACAAAUACGAGGAAUAAAUAAAGAAAACCAACAAUGAAAUACAUUAAUUUAUUAGUUACAAUUGUAAUUUAAAUAAAAUACAUUAAGUUUA